AUGUGGAGGAAGGGUUUUCUUCUUCGGAAUGGAGCACUUCUUGGAAAGGGAUGUUCAGCACAAUUUUUGUGUGGUGCUAAUGGUAAUAGUAAUAAUAAUAACGGAGGAAUGUAUUUUGGAUCAAUAGUGGUUAGGAGAGCACAUUCACCAAUAUUUAAAUUGAAUCAAUUGAAAGAAAAUGGAGAGGUGGAUAAUAGUGAAAAGAUUGAAGAAUUAAGUUCGGAAAAGUUACCUGAUUUUGAUUCAUUGCCAAAACCUGUGCAGGAAUAUCUGAUGAAAAUUUCUGAAAAUCCAGAACAACAAAGGGUAUCUUUUGCCAUGAGAGCAAUGCAUUCAAUUUUGAAACAAUAUGAAAAUAAUUUAUCAGUACUGACACCCUCAUUCUACAAUAUUAUUGCCUUCAAUGUAGCAAGGAAACACAAGCACUUGAAAUCAACAAUCAAGUUGAUUGAGUUGUUUGAAGAUUUGGGAGUAAUGUCACCAUUACUUCACCGUUAUGCAAUAAUAUGCAUGACUGAUAGUUCGAAUAUUGGACAAACACCUCUCGGAGAAGUUUGGAAGUUUUUAUUCAAGUACGAUUUCACUCCUCAUCCAGAGUCAUUCAGAAAGUUCUUAAUAGCCCUCAUUGAUCAUGGAAUGGAGGAUAGUUCAUUUGACAAAAUUAUUUUCGAAAUGGAUCCAGAAGCUUCACAAAAAUAUGGAAACAAGUUGCCAGUCCAUGUAAAAAUUAGAUUCGUGCUAAUUCACAUGGUAAAAUAUGAUAUAUCACUAACUUGGAAGCACUAUAGACCUCUAGUUUUAGCACUUAUUCGAGAAAAUCAAAAGGAUUUAAUCACUACAUUUUUUGAAACUCUCUAUUCCAAUAAUAGGGUUUAUGAAAAUAGUGAAUAUUCACCAUUUGAAGCUAUUUCAGCAAGUUCUGUGCCUGGUUUUUCUCAUUUAAAUAUUGAGAAAGAUGGUAAACCUUAUCAUCAACCACUGUGGCCUUUGAGAAAAACAGGUAAAAUUCAACUCAUUUCACUUUUUGUCAAGGAAUGCUCGGCAAGUAAGCUUUCAGAUGUUGCGCAAUAUAUUUUUAAAAAAACAACCAAGUACGUGAGUGUAGAUACCAAGAGUAUUAAUGCCAUUUUGAAUACAAUGAUUGAAUCAAAUGAUAUUCAUGUAUUUGACCUCUAUAAUGAGUUUAAGAGAGCCUAUUCUCCUCUUAUUAAUAUUGCAACCAUUACAAUCAUGCUCAAAGGAUAUACAAAGUUUAUAGGACUCACCACCGAUAGUUCUCUUCAAGUUUUACUUUACAAACAAGGAUCAGAAUUACAACAACAAGUACAAGACCUAAAAAUUCAUACAGACAAGUCCUACUUUAAGAAUGUCAUGUGGUUUUACCAUGCUUGUAAUUCAUUUAUUGAUGUUGAUAUGAAUAACGUUGAAAAUUUGUUACGAUUUAUGAGAAAAUGUGGAAUUAGAGCUGAUGAUGAUUUUACAGUGUAUAUAAUGAUGGCACUUUCAAAUAGCCCCGAUGGUAUCAGCUUUUUCAAAAAGUAUGCAUCAAAGGCAAAUCCUAUCGAUGUAAAUAUCUUGAAUUGGGCCCUUAAAACGAGUCUCAACACUGAAUGUUUUGAAGAUAGUGUAGACAUUCUUUCAUAUCUUGGAUCAGAACGAGAUUCAUACGUAGUGUGUUAUAAUGAAGAAACUUUCAAGAUUUGCUUUAAUAUUUGGAAAAAGCUCAUCUUGGUGGGUAAACCAGACGAGUUUCCAAUCCACAAAGUUUUACAAGAUAUGGAAAAAUGCUUCGCCAACAACACCCUUGAACCAACAGAGGACCUUCUCUCUUUUCUUGGGUCUGUUUUACUUAAAUUUUACGAGAGUAAGAAUAUUGUUGGCGAAGAUCUUUUGAAGAAUACCAUGACAGUCAUUACAAAGUAUUAUCCAAGUGAACUCAUAGUAACCAAACCAAAAUUGGUAUCUUUAGCAUUGAGUUCAGUUAUUGGAAAGGGUUCUGUUGAUAUUAACCUUUUGGAGAAGACUGUGACAAUGUUGGAGACCUAUGACGAAAAUUUCUUUGAUACCAUUCACUAUACACAAUUAUUGAGGAUUAUCAACAAGAGCAAUACACCAAACAGAUGGAAACUAAUGAGAAUAAUUUUACAAAAAAUGACAAACACUAAAAAACACCCAAAUCUGGUGACACUUCAAACAAUAGUAGAGAUAAUUCUGAAAGAAAUGCCACACAUGUACACACUACUUUUGCAAAUAUUGUCAAUAAUGAAAAAUAGAUUAAUCUUUGACUCUGAGGCCACUGAAGUACAUGUGAGAAGUAAGCAACAAUUGAGCUUGUGGUUGGAAGAAGUUACCGACUUGAUAUCUAAAGUGCGAGAUCAAGAGACAGCUUUAGCUGAAAAGCAGAUGGAAGCAAAAUCUAAUAGUUCAGAAGAUUUACAAACCUAG